AUGUGCCAGUGUGUUACGUUGGCCGAUGAGUCGCUUAAGAUUUCUUUACCGGUCAGCAGAGGUAAGCGGAAAAGUAGUAGUGGAAGAGGAGGAAAAAAGUUGACUAACAAACAGAUAAUUUAGUCUGACAAUUUCCCUUCUUAUUAAAACGUCAACGUUUACUAAACUACCAUACUCUAUUAGUCUAUAAAAGACCUUAUUAUAACGUCUCAGGCAUUUGAGCUAUGUUGAGGGGGUUAUCAGGAGGACAACAACUAUCGAAAAUUUAAUUUAAGAAUAUCGUAAGGUAGGUAGAAAACAAUUCGAAAUCCGAUAAUUUUAGAAAAGCUAAGAUAAUACUAGUUAUAAAACUCUGAGGCGAAAGAAUGUUUUCUGUGGAUGUGUUGCGGGUUGACAUUUUCCUCUUAGGUCUGGUUAACAGUUGGCAGUUACAAAUGGAGUAGAAUGCUAGAAGGCCUACUAGCCCUGAGUUAUCUGAAUCGGACGGCAGAGCUCUGUUUUAACACGAAGAAGGUUAGGGUGAUUAGUCUAAACGUGAUCAGGAGGACAUCAAUUGGAGUACUGGGGGAAACUUGGCUUAGUCCGAAAGUUGACGUGUAUAUUUGCGCCAAAAACCAGCUACUGCGGAAUAAUCGCGUAGUACUCAUAAAGUGCCAACAGGCGACCAGUAGUCUACAGAUGUUCUAUGAUUUGCCGUACUGAAAACACAGAUACAAAAAACGGAGUGCCUUAUAGGCUCUCCAAUUUUCCCAUAUGGGAAUACGGGGCUCGGUUCAGCAUCUAUAACCUCCCACACUGUGCUCUCUGACUUGUGACACGACUUAGACUUCCCGGUGUUUGCUGUUAUCUGGUCUGGAUGAAUGUUUUUGUGCAAUGCACACAUGUGGAGGGUUCUGACGUAUCACAUAAUGUCAAAGUGUGCUGUGAGACCUGAACCGACUCUGUCCUCCCCCUCCCCUCCUGUUCAAGUCGCCCCGAAACGGUGGUCUCGGUGCGCGUCGGAUUCUCUUGAGUGUCACAUCUGAACUUACUAAAAUCAUGAUCAACCCUCCAAAAUACUGUACUCUUGGUUCGCUUAAUGUUUUGUCCGAGUCUCUCGCACAUCACAUCUCAAUAAAAACGACACUCUUUAGCUGAUUUCAGGGUCUUAUUUUGACAUUAAAAUUGGUGCACAAAGUGACGUUUUAUGUCUCAGAGUUUUUUCGCCUCUGCCCGCAGAAACACCGAGUUGCCUUCUCCUACAAUAAGGAAGUACGACUUUACGAUUUCCCGCUGAAUCCUCGUGGAUGCGACCAACCACAGUUUCGUCCUUCGAGGUGCGCUCUGCUGUUAUUAUGCAUUGCAUAUACUUGCAUGCCGUCCCUCUUCACCGUUUACUUUCUGGUUGAUCGAUCAGACAACGGCUGCGUAUUCUGGCUCCUUGUGCGUUUCCGCGUGAACUGUGCAGACUAUGGCCCAUCCAGGAUUCCACUUUGGUUCCAUUCACAAUGUGUGUUGGCUUUAAUGUUUUCAGCGGUUCGCUAGCCUCUUCUAAGUUAAACUAGUGCGUAAGACAUUGGUCUAGAUGCCCGGAGCAUACCACUCAUGUUGGAAGAAAGUAGUACAGAAGAUACUGUAGAGAAUGCCUAGGUAUACGUGCCACAAGUGUAAACUCGUGUCAGUGAUUGGAGCGAUCUUGUCAAUCGCUACGAAGCACUUGACACCGUCCAAACCUGCUCCUUGGCAAGAUAAGAUUUUAUUUUUUUAGCCUACCUGAAAACGAAUGGAGCCAAUGGUUUAGGUGCCCUUCAAUAUUUGCGACCGACGGGUCCGCUGAGCGCCCUACGUCUGUGCAGUUAAAUGAGUCUUUUCUGGCCAGGGUUACCCAAAAGCUGCCGGCGGCCUUCUCACGGUCUGGAUGUUACCCGUAACCUUCGCGCCGAGUGAGCCACCUGCUGUAGAAGGAUCGCUCUUACCAAUGAUUCUCCUGCACACAAAAGAUGUGUGACAAAGUGCUUACUCAUACUUGUGCUUAGCACGGUAUCCAUAGUGGACGUUUCAGCCGUUUGCAUACUGCGGAGAUUGAUUGUCUCACGAAUUCGAAUCCUGCAUUGUAAUCUUUGAGCGACAGGCUCCCGAGCGAAGUUAAGGUAAUUUUAGAUUUCACCAAACCCACUGAUAUCCUCAAUUCACUGUCAAUACCGUCCUCUACCGGCAGCGAAUGAGAACGAGAUGACAGCCCGGAAUAUUUCCUCUUCAGACCGGUGCAGUGCAUCCAGGUCAGAUUGUAAGGAGAACGUACCUCACCCAAUGGUGUUACCAAUCAACAGUAUAUUUUGUAUUGGAGACAUUAUUGGGACAACUAAUACGUAGGCUAAAACACAAGUACAGCCCAAUACACACACCCAAAGCGACAUACAUAUUUUAACUGCGCAGGCCGUGCUAUAACCUAGGGGAAGCGUGGUUUGCUGUAGGCCUCGUAUACCGGCAGUUUUGCCUUUCGGCUUAUAAAACGCCGUUUCAGAGGCUGUUAGCAGUCGUGCGCUUCGUGGAUUUGCUUUUCGAUUUCAUCUUUUUCUGUUAGGCAGAAGAUUCAGGCCGAGAUAGUAAAGGCUCUCCGAUUACCACACGAUCUCCACCCUCCAUAACGACCAGUUAUCUCUGGCUAUGUAAGUGGGGAUGGACGGCUUGGAGAUAUCGUAGGCCCACUUGGCUGCUUUCGCACUUAUCUUGGAGUCGCACUCUGUUUUUGCAGAGUGACGCCAUCUAAUAAAUCACCCAUUUUUGUCGGGACGUUGGUGUACAAGGCAAUUUCUUAAUAAUCCCUGAUACUUCUAGUUCGAGUAAAAUACAUGGGACGCACUUCAAGUCGAUGGUUAGGCCGGCUGUCUGUCUCAAAGCGCUUUGUUCUUUUGUUUUCGGUCUCUUUUCCUACUUUCGAUUCUUACUACUUCAAAUGUCUUUCACCCCUUUAGGUCCGUUGAUGUUGCCUCCCUCGGUGUUCAAAACGUACUUUUUCAGCCCAAGCCGAGGUGUAACUCUUUGCCAGCUGUAAAAGUCCCUGUGACGUCGAGUUUGGGACGCAAAGCGCGCUCGAAGAGUCCGCAUGUGAGUAGUUUUAUUGCAUAUUCCACCCUUACAUACAGAGCACGUAUAAUACCAUUAACCUGCCGCCACUAGAUAGAUUUACCUGACAUCUACAGCUCAAACAUCCCGUAAAACUGAAAGUACAACUCGAUAAGACAGUCAAAUUUUGCCCCGUACAUCAUUACUCGUCUUUGGUCACUGGGGGUUACCUUGGGUGACAGUCCUGCUGCUGCGUGCCCGGCUGCUUGUCCGCGUUGCACAGACUAUCAGGGCGAUCAGUUAACUUUGAAACUGAUUAGGUGCUAACGUUGGCUCAUUUUCGUUCAAGUUGACCCUAGAUAAUAGGUACAGAUGUCAAUAAUGAAAAUCAAAACUGCGCAUCGUAUCUUCGGCCAGGCUCUGAUGGAGUUUUAUGCCCAACACGCAUUCCAUUGCAAACUGCAAAUCUUAAAAGAUAUGGCGUUCCCUGAAAAAGAGCAUGAUUCUGUCAUCCGCCUGACACUAUUACUUCCCUAGUUUGUCGUUUUGACGCGGCGUUCACAUGCUAAGUUCCAAGCUCCGGAUUAGGAUGUUAGUAAUGGUGAGGUGGGGGAAGGGAAGGGUUUUACGAGCGAUUGUGGUGAUGCUGCCCAUCCAUUCUACGGUAGAGUUUGCAAAACUUUAACCUCUUUCACCCUAAACUUCUGUUCAUCAGGCGUGGAAAUUUGCUUAUGCCUCCUUUACUGUCGGACAUCCUUCCUUUUUAAGCGGCCAACAAACUCGCCCCGAGUCUUGUUGCGGAGAACCAGGUCUUCAAGUUCUGCAAACCUGUCAACACUGCAUCGCCCGAGGCCGGAAAAUACAACCCUCAACCCUCCAGGUCUCACUUUAAAUUUCAUCCUUCCAUCUUAUUUGUGUUCACGUUUGACCUCGUCAUGCACCUCAAACCCCACUUCUUUGAAAGUAUUAUUAUCCGAACCCCCCCUUUUUUUUCCUAGACGAAGAUCCCACCGUCGCCGAGACCGUGGCUGCCGUAAAGGCUCUGCCGUACGUCCACCGGCGCCGGCGCCGUCGAAAGCGUCGCGCCCUGACUCUUCAGGUAGACCCCUGCGUUCCUAAGGAUGGGACGGCAGAGUCGGAGGACAUGAAGGCUAGGCAAAACUUGCACUGUUCCACCAUUGUGGGGCCUAUGGAGGACUUCAGUUGGCGCCUUCUCAGUCAGUUAUCUCGGGUGUGUUACUCGGAACAUGCAGACCACAGUCCCACCGUUGCCUCGACCAAUGGAAAGACAUCAUUUACAGCAGAUCAGCAGUUGAUAAAUCUGUGCGAACGUCUGAGAAUACCUUGUCAAUUUACCCAGCUGCCGAAAGCCGAGGAUUGUCUGUUAACAGUAGUUUCUGUACGUUCACCUUGUUCCGGGCUUCCUUUAUGGUCUGCAUAUUUACACAAUGCAUUCUUCUCCUCUAGCGGCCGCAAAUGUGAGGCAUUAGUUCUCUAAAGACGAACCCCUCACUACCUCCCCUCAUACAGUAUGUGCAAACGCUUCGGGCUCAGUUUAAGCACUACUGAUUCUUCAUUAUAUAUCUGGUAUCAAAUUAAAGUAGUUCGGCUCAAGUGCCCUUAGCCUGUUUUGCCACAACUUUGUUUUCAUUUCCAGGAAGUAUGAAUACGAAGAGUAAAUUGUAUUUACUGGCUUUCGCGAAUUCCCUUUCUGAAGCAUAGCGGAAAGACGCAGAUAAAAACAGCUGAAUUCUGUGCAUUUAUCUCAGCGACAUUUCCGGAAGCCUUUGUUAAUAAUCCCAUGAUUCGCGCAGGUAAGGAACAACAGCGGAACUCUAAUACUUUUUCGGGGCGUAUCCGCACGGAAGUAUUAUGCAGCUUUCGUCAAAUGCCAUUAUUUAAAGACCCUCACUUGAAAGUUCCUAGUUCUCUUGUUUCAGCCCGAGAAUGGUCGUCACCAUCCACCGCGUACCCAUAUGGCCCACGUCCGCUUUCUUCUACAACUGGGCUCAAAUCACAUCUCCAGUCUGCCCAAUUACGCUGCCACGGCGUCCUGUACAUCAGUGUCGCCGGCCACGACCUGUGCUUGCAGUGCCCUCCACAAACAGCAACAGGGUGGCUGCUUCCUGGGUCAGGGUGUUACUGGGUCAGCCGCCCGCCACCAGGCAGCCCUGCAGGCUCUGAAGUGUCUGGCCCAAGUUGUCUGUUAG